AGAUCGAGAGUCAGGGCAGCAAAGCGAGGGUGUAUGGCGAGAUGCUGCAUGUGGACAUACCCUUUCCCAUUCCUGAGCCUGAUGGAUGCAAGUCCGGGAUCCAGUGCCCCAUUCAGACGGGCCAUUCCUACAGCUACCUGAAUAAACUCCCUGUGAAGAGCGAGUACCCCAGUAUUAAACUGAUUGUGAAGUGGGAGCUGGUAGAUGACCAGGACCAGAUGUUGUUCUGCUGGAAGAUACCAGUUCAGAUCACCAGCUGAGGAGCCCUGAUUAGUAGGGCUUGGGGAGGGGAAAAACAGAAGAUGACACAGGCCAAAUUCUUUUAUAUAAUAAGCAUUUCUUACUGCUUUCUUCAGAGCUCUGCAGCCUCUGAG